CUGGUCCCCCUCCAUCGCUGCCCCUCCCGCGGUGCUGGCGGCCCCCUGUCACUGCGCUCCGCCCUGACAGCGACGACCACGCUCCCGCUGCCAGAAGCACACUCAGGAGGCGGGCCUCGCCCUCGACCGCCGGUGCGAUGCGGGGGAGGGCGCUGGCGGCGCUGCUGGCCGCGCGGGCGGUGGUGAGCGCCACGGGCCGGCUCCGGAGGGCGGCGGUCAGCGGCUCGUACAACUUGCUGGCGGAGGCAGCUUACGCGAUCCUGCAAGAGCCAGGUCAGUGGCACGUCGACAAGCCAUGCAAUGGAAGCCAGGCGUUCACGGAGAUGUCUGAUACCUACUACUUCGAGUGCGUGUCUUCUGUUCGGGACGUGAGGCUAGAGUUGGAAGGCGACCUCAUGGUGCUCCACAGCCCCGAGGUCGCCAUGGCUGAUGAGGCUCAGAAUGGGACAGUGUCGGUAGACGUGGAUGUCUCUUGGGCUCGAGAUCCAUUCAUUCUCCAGGUAGACACCACCGACCCGCUCGGCAUGCCAAGGAUGUACACGUUCGACAUAUUCCGCUGGGGCAGCGACGUUUCUCACUUGUCGUCCAUGGUCAUCAGUCCCAAGAAUGGCACAAAAAGGGACGAGGCCCUCGGAGAAAGCGUCGGAGAACUGCUCCUUAGCCCAGACUUCCAGUGGCAUCGCACCGUUUACUCCACGGUCGUGGUGCUCGGAAGCGAGUUCUACGUGCACGCGGUCGCCAGGGAGGAGCACCAGACGCCGAUGGUUGGGGCCGAGAUGAAGGACCAGUUCAGCACUUGCUGCGUGCCAGUGGACGAGAACAGCUUGGACUGCCCGAGGGCGAAUUGGCCCAACGAGGACGGAAGGAAGUCGCAGCUCGUGUCGGCCGAGAACGUGAUGGCCGUGGGCCAGUACAGGCUCGAUUUCUGUCUGCUCGGCCUGGACAAGUUUAACACCUUCUCCCGAUACACCCUGAAGAUCGAGUCGAGGACACCGUGGCGGAUCCGGCCACCCUGA